UGUAACAAAACACUAGAAGCCUAGCAAUGCGGUUAAUCAUCCUCGACGACGCCAACGUGGUGGCGGACUGGGCGGCGAGGUUCGUGCUCCAACGCAUCUCGGAGUUCAAGCCCGGUCCCGGCCGCCACUUCGUGCUGGGGCUGCCCACGGGCGGGACGCCUCUGGGGAUGUACCGGCGGCUUAUCGACUUCUAUAAGGAGGGCCGGCUGUCCUUUAAAUACGUCACUACAUUCAACAUGGACGAGUAUGUCGGCUUGCCCCGCGACCACCCCGAGUCGUACCACUACUACAUGUGGAACGAGUUCUUCAAGCACAUCGACAUCGAGCCCGGCAACGCGCAUGUGCUGGACGGCAACGCGCCGGACCUGGCCGCCGAGUGCCACCGGUAUGAGGAGCUGAUCGCGGCCGCGGGCGGCGUGCAUCUUUUUAUCGGAGGAAUCGGUCCGGACGGGCACAUCGCGUUCAACGAGCCGGGCUCCUCGUUGGUGUCCCGGACACGAGUGAAGACCCUCGCCUACGACACGCUGGAAGCCAACAAGCGGUUCUUCGGCGGCGACAUCUCGCAGGUGCCGCGGCAGGCGCUCACCGUCGGCGUGGGGACAGUCAUGGAUGCCAAGGAGGUGAUGAUCCUGAUCACGGGCGUGCACAAGGCGCUGGCGCUGUCCCGCGCCGUCGAGGAGGGCGUCAACCACAUGUGGACCGUGUCCGCCUUCCAGCAGCACCCUCAAACGCUGCUCAUAGCUGACGAGGACGCCACGCUGGAGCUGCGGGUUAAGACCGUCAAGUACUUCAAGAGUCUCAUGGACGUGCACAACAAGCUGAUCGAGGACACGUUUUGACUUGACCCGACCGACCGACGCCACGCCGCUGGAACUAACUGUUAGGUUUUAUAAUUUUAUACAACUGUUAGAUAAGAUCAAAACUGUAAUAGUAUAAGCUAUAAAUGAUUAUGUAUAUUUCGAACUCUUGUUUC